AUGAUGUCAGCCAACCUUUAUAGUACUGUGAUGAUACAACCUACUAGUCUGACACUCUGUGGAGACUUGGCUCCGCGCUUCGGAGACAAUGGAUACCAAUAUGCCCGAGUGCGCACAGCCCCAAGGAAGUUCCUAUUGGACAUUUUCCUCUUUAUUUCAAACAUUCAGGUCAUCUUCGUGAUGAAGCUCCCGACGAAAGACAUCAUACCUGUGCUCAUGGCGACCAUGGCACUUUUACCAAAGGCAAGCUCGUAUACGGUCUCAUUAUUUCACGCGAAGGGGUGCUCUUACGAAGACGUGGGCGCAGAAUGUGGUGACAUUGAUGAGUUGACAUGCUGUGCAGCACCAGCUGGUCAGCUCUUUGUGUCUGUGGGACAGGACGGUAACCGGGGCUACAGCAGCCAGAACGGUGAUGCCUGUGGUGUGAUACUUGGCAGUAACAACGGAUGCUUUAGCGUCGAGAAUGGUUUGGAUGUUAUCAGUGGUGGAAGUGUGGUGGGGAUUGUACGCCAGGCCGCUGUUGCAGCGCUGUCAGAGCAACGAAAAGUCGUCAGUGCAGACACCUGGUUCUAUCGCAAUGAAACUGCCAAGUACACUCUAGCCAUUGACAGUGACGCUGGCAGAGAAUAUGCUGCUUUGGAAGAUCGAGAUGCGCAAGUGAUCUUCAUCACUACCCACGGUGCCUUCUCCGUGAUGAAGGCUUGA